AUGAGUCAAGUUAAGGAAUCUGACGACGAGCCUGUGGCUCUGUCUCUUGAAAGCGAUAAGCCCGAAAUUGGGAGUAUUGAGAGUAUUGAAGAAGACGAAGAAGAAGAAGAAGAAGAAGAAGAAGAAGAAGAGCCUGUGGACAAGUCCGGCGAUCCCAUGGAGGAAGACUCCGUCAGUCCCGCCGCCGUCUUCUGUAUUCGGCUCAAGCAACCCAGGUCCAAUUUGCAGCACAAGAUGAGCGUCCCCGAGCUUUGUCGCAAUUUUAGUGCCGUUGCUUGGUGCGGGAAGCUGAAUGCUAUAGCUUGUGCAUCAGAAACGUGUGCUAGAAUUCCAAGUUCUAAUGCAAAUCCACCUUUUUGGAUUCCCAUACAUAUUGUGAUCCCAGAGCGACCAACUGAGUGUGCAGUGUUCAAUGUCAAUGCAGAUUCUCCUCGUGAUUCUGUUCAGUUUAUUGAGUGGUCACCUACUUCUUGCCCUCGUGCCUUACUAAUUGCUAAUUUCCACGGGAGAAUAACAAUCUGGACUCAGCCUUCUCAAGGGCCAGCUAAUCUAGUACGUGAUGCUAGCCGGUGGCAACGAGAGCAUGAAUGGCAACAGGAUAUUGCAGUUGUCACAAAGUGGCUGUCAGGGGUGUCUCCAUAUAGGUGGCUUUCCUCAAAAUCAAGUGCUGCCUCAAAUGCAAAGUCAACUUUUGAAGAAAAAUUUCUUUCACAGCAGUCUCAAAAUUCAGCUAGGUGGCCCAAUUUUCUUUGCGUUUGUUCUGUUUUCUCUUCAGGCUCUGUUCAGCUUCACUGGUCCCAGUGGCCUCCUAAUCAGAAUAGUGCUGCACCAAAGUGGUUUCAAACGAGCAAGGGACUCUUGGGUGCUGGGCCUAGUGGGAUCAUGGCCGCUGAUGCUAUCAUAACAGACAGCGGUGCCAUGCAUGUGGCAGGUGUUCCAAUUGUAAACCCAUCUACUGUUGUUGUUUGGGAGGUCACUCCUGGACUUGGAAAUGGAUUUCAGGUAACUCCGAAGAUUAGCACAAGCAAUGGGGUCCCACCUUCACUAAAUCCACCAAAUUGGGCAGGUUUUUCCCCUUUGGCUGCAUAUUUGUUUAGCUGGCAAGAUUAUUUAAUAUCAGAAGCAAAACAAGGGCGAAACCAGACCGAUCCAGAUUUUAGUGAUACUGUACCACUUCAUUGCUCUCCAGUUUCAAAUUUUUCAGCAUAUGUGAGUCCUGAGGCUGCAGCUCAAUCUGCAACGACCACUACAUGGGGAUCUGGAGUUACUGCUGUUGCCUUUGAUCCAACUUGUGGUGGUUCUGUCAUAGCUGUUGUCAUUGUUGAGGGACAAUACAUGUCUCCUUAUGAUCCAGAUGAGGGUCCUUCAAUUACAGGAUGGAGAGUGCAACGAUGGAAAUCAUCCCUUCAGCCUGUUGUUCUUCAUCAAAUAUUUGGAAAUCCUACUUCCAGUUUUGGUGGGCAGGCACCCAUGCAAACAGUUUGGAUGUCCAAAGUGGACACAAGCAUACAACCAACUAAUGAUUUUAAAAGUCACCAAGCAGCUGCAUCAGGAGCAACCUCUGAUGCAAGGAAGACAACUGAUUCUAGCCUUGAGAAGUCAAAACGAGUUAGUUUUGAUCCUUUUGACCUGCCAAGUGAUGUUAGAACACUUGCUCGAAUAGUCUAUUCUGCUCAUGGUGGUGAGAUUGCUGUUGCUUUUCUCCGGGGUGGGGUUCACAUCUUUUCUGGUCCAAACUUUGCACCUGUUGAUAACUACCAGAUUAAUGUUGGAUCUGCAAUAGCUACUCCUGCCUUCUCAUCAACAAGCUGCUGCUCAGCUUCUGUUUGGCAUGAUAGUGGUAAGGACCGUACCGUUUUAAAAAUAAUACGUGUCCUUCCUCCUGCUGUUUCUAGCAGUCAAGUGAAGGCAAACUCAUCAACCUGGGAACGUGCAAUUGCGGAAAGGUUUUGGUGGAGUCUUUUGGUUGGGGUUGAUUGGUGGGAUGCUGUUGGAUGUACACAGAGUGCUGCCGAGGAUGGCAUUGUUUAUCUGAAUAGUGUCAUUGCAGUACUUGAUGCAGAUUUUCAUUCUCUUCCUUCUACUCAGCACAGGCAACAGUAUGGUCCUAGCCUAGACAGGAUAAAAUGCAGGCUACUGGAAGGUACAAAUGCACAAGAAGUUAGGGCAAUGGUUCUAGACAUGCAAGCCAGGCUGUUGCUUGACAUGCUGGGGAAAGGAAUAGAGUCGGCAUUGAUUAAUCCAUCUGCUUUGGUAGCAGAGCCAUGGCAGGCAUCUGGUGAAACAUUAUCGGGCAUAGAUCCUGAAGCAAUGGCUGUUGAACCAGCACUAGUUCCAAAUAUUCAGGCUUACGUUGAUGCAGUUCUUGAUUUAGCUUCUCAUUUCAUUACUCGCUUGCGGCGCUAUGCAAGCUUUUGUCGCACAUUGGCGAGCCAUGCUGGUUCUGCAGGAACUGGCAGCAAUCGCAAUAUGGUGGCUAGUCCUACCCAAAGUUCUGCUUCUCCAGCAACAAGUCAGGGAGGCCAAAGUGGAACUACAACUUCCACAGGAAACACCCAGAUGCAAGCUUGGGUACAAGGUGCUAUUGCAAAGAUUAGUAGUACCUCUGAUGGAGUGCCCAAUUCAACUCCAAACCCCAUCAGCGGACCUUCUUCCUUCAUGCCAAUAAGUAUCAACACAGGAACAUUUCCUGGAACACCUGCUGUUAGGCUCAUUGGGGAUUGCCACUUUCUUCAUAGGUUAUGCCAGCUUUUGCUUUUCUGUUUUUUCUUUCGGCGAACCCAGCUACCUCGUUUUGUUGGGGGUGCACAGAGAAAUACUGAUGCAAAUAUACAAAAGCCACAGCCUGGUGCUCCUGGGAAGGUGGAGGAGGUCAGCUCUGUUACUGUAAAGUCAUCGUCAACCAUGGUUAGACAGGAUGAGGGUCAGGUAGCUCGGGCUGGUCAGAUCAUACCUGGAGCAAAAGGAGCUGAAGAAGGACCUGCUGGAAGGUCGAGAUUGGGUGCUGGAAAUGCUGGUCAGGGAUACACUUUUGAGGAGGUCAAAGUCCUUUUCCUCAUCCUUAUGGAUCUUUGCCGGCGAACAGCAACCCUGGCACAUCCAUUGCCAGUUUCUCAGGUGGGAAGCAGCAACAUUCAGGUGCGGCUGCAUUACAUUGAUGGCAAUUAUACUGUACUUCCAGAGGUUGUCGAAGCAUCACUUGGCCCUCAUAUGCAGAAUAUGCCCCGGCCUAGAGGUGCAGAUGCUGCUGGUCUGUUACUCAGAGAGUUAGAACUUCACCCUCCAGCUGAAGAGUGGCACAGGCGGAAUAUGUAUGGUGGGCCUUGGUCGGAUCCAGAUGAUAUGGGUCCUCAAGAUGAUACUCCCAAGCUAUGUAAUUCUGCUGACCCACUUGGUUCCAACUCAUUGGAAAGUUGUGAGGUUUAUUAUGGAGCCCAUGGUCUGUGGCCUAGGAAGCGCAGGAUGUCUGAAAGAGAUGCAGCCUUUGGCUUAAACACUUCUGUGGGUUUGGGGGCAUAUCUUGGUAUAAUGGGAUCACGGAGAGAUGUUGUUACUGCCGUAUGGAAGACUGGUCUCGAAGGGGUUUGGUACAAGUGCAUAAGAUGUUUGCGGCAGACUUCAGCCUUUGCUUCUCCUGGUGCUACUAGUCGACCUAAUCAAACUGGGCGGGAGACUUGGUGGAUCAGCCGUUGGGCUUACUGCUGUCCCAUGUGUGGUGGAACAUGGAUUGGACAUACAGAAGCAUUCGUGAAGGUGAUCAUUUUAGAAGAUGAUCCUGGUUUUCGUGUUGCAGGUUGUAAAUCCUCUAGCCCUGACCUUGAUUUAUCCAUUUCACAUGUAGUUGGCCAGUUUUGCAGUCUAACGGGCUUUAACAUUAUUUGGGAUAAGGGUGUGAUUGUGAAGAAGGCAGGAGGGUGCUUGGUAGGGGCUCCAGAUGAGAGGAGGCCAUCUGAUUCUGAUAGAUGA